CUAGUAGCCUCCCUGGCGGUAUUCCUGAGUGUAGCUCGGGGUAAAGUUUCAGUACCACAAGUGGUAACCCCGAGCUACACUCAGGAUUACCAUGCUGCGCUGCUCUGCUAUCCCUCGAUCACUUACCUUGUCCUGCGAUGUCCCUCCUGCAGUUUCCCCUGUAAUGUCCUCCGGCCGAUGCCGGCAUCCGUCUUCUGGGUUCCGUUCCCUGCGACGUCAGGGGGGGACGGAACGGCGGGAAAUUUAAAAAUGUCAAAAAGUGACAUUCACUAAAUACACUAAAAUCACAUAGUAAAACAUUACUGUAUCAAACCAUUUCACAUACAU